AGUGCACCCGGGCCUUGUGCGGCCUCUGCAGUUGUCGACCUCACUGGGCGCCUGCCGUGGACCUUGCUCGUGCUGGUCUAGGACAAGACAGUGAGAGUCAGAUACUGAGUAUCGGUGAAACCUUGGAAACCCGACAGAUUGUUGGCGCUCGGUCAGGCAUUCCCAUGUGGUGGCCUGGAGAUGCCAGGGGGAGUGUGUAAGAGGGAACAAACCUUUUCCCCACUUGGGUUUCAGGCCUGCGGCAGCACGGACCUUCUCGGGCCGUCUACUCUCAGUCUCUAGAAUUAUCACCUCCUGAGAGGCCUUUCCUCUGUGCUGGGAGUCGCGUAUGCCCACAGAGAACAGUUGAAAUAUGUAGUUGGGUAGAGCUUGACCAGGCGCAGAUCCCUAUCCAGGUGUAUGAGGUUCCAGAAGCAAGCGAUGUGAUCUUGGCAGCGGCAGAGAAGGCGCGUGUCUUGAAAGGAGGCAACAGGAAAUGCAGCAGAGACGUCCUGAGGCUAUGGAGCAUGGAGUGCUGGACCUGCCAACACCCAGGGUGCAUAUGGAACUAGUGUGGCCAGCUGGCAAGGUUAUGAGAACUACAAUUAUUACGGUGCCCAGAACACCAGCGUCACCACAGGAGCAACCUACAGCUAUGGCCCAGCCUCAUGGGAGGCCACCAAGGCCAGCGAUGGCCUGGCGACUGGGGGCCCUGCCAUGCAUAUGGCUUCUUAUGGCCCAGAGCCGUGCACCGACAAUUCUGACUCCCUCAUUGCCAAGAUCAACCAACGUUUGGACAUGAUGUCCAAGGAAGGAAGCAGGGGCGGGAGCAGCGGCGGUGGGGAGGGCAUGCAGGACCGGGAGAGCUCCUUCCGCUUCCAGUCGUUUGAGCCCUAUGAUUCCAGGCCUUGCCUGCCGGAGCACAAUCCCUACCGCCCCAGCUACAGCUUCGACUAUGACUUUGACCUGGGGCCUGACCGCAAUGGUGGCUUUGGUGGUCAGUACAGCGACUGCCGGGACCCAGCCCGUGAGCGGGGCUCCCUCGAUGGCUUCAUGCGGGGCCGAGGCCAGGUCCGCUUCCAGGACCGGAGCAACCCCAGCACUUUUAUGCGCAGCGACCCCUUCAUGCCGCCUGCAGCCUCCUCUGAGCCUCUCUCUGCUCCGUGGACUGAGAUGAACUAUGUGGGUGGGCGGGGCCUGGGAGGCCCCUCCCCCAGCAGGCCCCCGCCUUCCCUCUUCUCCCAGUCCAUGGCCCCUGACUUCGGAGUGAUGGGCAUGCAAGGGGCGGGUGGUUAUGACAACUCUGUGCCCUAUGGAUGUGGCCGGUCACAGACCCGGAUCAGGGAUCGGCCCAGGUGGAGAGGGUUUGAUCGCUGCGGCCCAGAUAGCUUGGGCAGGAAACGGAAGCAGCUGCAGAUUUACGACGAGCCAGACACCAAACAGGCCCGGGCUGACAGUGAAGGCGAUUUUUCCGAAAACGAUGAUGGAGCUGGUGACUUCCGAUCAGGAGAUGAAGAAUUCAGGGGUGAGGACGAAUACUUCGACUCCGGGAGGCAGCGAGGAGAGAAGGAUGACGAGGAUGAUGAAGUGAAGAAGAGGAGGGAAAAGCAAAGGAGGAGAGACAGGAUGCGAGACCGAGCAGCUGACAGGAUUCAGUUUGCCUGUUCCGUGUGCAAGUUUCGUAGCUUUGAAGACGAAGAAAUCCAGAAGCACCUGCAAAGCAAAUUUCACAAAGAGACACUGCGGUUUAUCGGAACCAAGUUGCCCGACAAGACAGUGGAGUUCCUUCAGGAAUACAUUGUGAACAGGAAUAAGAAAAUUGAGAAGCGGCGUCAGGAGUUGAUGGAGAAGGAAAGCACAAAACCAAAACCAGAUCCUUUCAAAGGGAUUGGCCAGGAGCACUUCUUCAAGAAGAUAGAGGCUGCUCACUGCCUGGCUUGUGACAUGCUGAUCCCUGCACAGCACCAGCUCCUCCAGCGGCACCUGCACUCUGUCGACCACAAUCACAACCGCCGGUUGGCUGCUGAACAGUUCAAGAAAACGAGUCUCCAUGUGGCUAAGAGCGUUUUGAACAACAGACAUAUAGUGAAGAUGCUGGAGAAAUACCUCAAGGGUGAAGACCCUUUCACCAGUGAAGCCGUCGAUCCAGAGAUAGAAGGAGAUGACAAUUUAGGAGGUGAGGAUAAGGAAGAGACACCAGAGGAGGUAGCUGCAGAGGUCUUAGCUGAGGUGAUUACAGCGGCAGUGAGAGCAGUAGACGGGGAAGGAGCACCUGCUCCAGAAAGUAGUGAAAUGCUGGCUGAAGGGGAAGCCACACCUGAGGCCACGAGUGGUCCCCACGCUGAAGAGCCGCUGGAAGCAGAGGCACUCUGUGGAGUGGCAUCUGAGAAGGGUAACGCCAAAGCAGAGGCCAGAGGUGAAGCUGCUGAGGCCGGAGGGGACGUGGAAACCCUGGCAGCAGAGGCGGAAGGCACCCUGACGGCCACGGCUCCUGCCCCAGCUGCCACAGAAGCCGACGGAGAACAAACUGCUGCAGACUGCAGAGAUGCUCUUCCCACAGAAUGAGCCUUCUCUCCCUGUUUCAAGGGAUAUGUUGUAUAGUGUAUUGUUCUUUCUCCUUUGGUUCAUGAGCAGUACUAGGGUGUUACUGGAAUAGUCUUAUUUUGGUGAAGAGACCCAGCCAUUUCCUUCAGAAAAGUGUACCUCACAGGCUUGUCUUGCAGAGCUAUGUGGCUUUUUGCCCUGGUUUGAAGGCUGCAGAAGUUGUACAUUCCCCCAGGCGGCUGUAACAUUUCUUUACACUGCAGUUGGAAUAAUAAAAAUUUGAGUGAUUAGAUUUUGAUGAUAUUUUGCUUGUUAAGUCUAGCUACUGGCUAAAGGCUGCCCCCAUCCCUUUUAGAAAUUUAAAAAUUUUUUUUGUCUGGGAGCAGCUCAAUACUAGAAUGUAUCUUGCUUUAUUUUGCGGAGGUGGGGAAGGGAGUUAAGUUUCAAGAAUUUGCUUUGGCUUCCUUUUUUAACCUCUGCUUCUGUGGUGUGCUGCAUGGUGUGUGGUCCUCCCUCACAAGAUGUAACAGAAUCUUCUUAACUGUGAUGUUGAUUCUGUCACAUCAGUGAACUCUCAAAGGCCUGAUGAAUCUGGCACACCUGCACCAUAGAUGGACACCCACUUGCCCCUCAAGAAUGAGGACACUUUGUGUAGGGCAUUAUUUCCCAAUCUUUCAUCCUUGGUGAAUCGCCUUUACAAUCUUUUACCUCAUUUGUAUUCCAUCUCUGCAUUACUUCAGGGUUUUGUGGGGUUUUUUUUUCUUUAAAUUGAGUUACUUCUAAUUAAAUACAUUUAAAAAGAAAAUGAUGUCACGCUCAUGAAUGGAAAACCAAUAUAAAUUGCCAUAGACAGACACUACCUAUGAAAAAUAAAUAAUUUAGAUAAAUACUAUUCCUUUGGAAGUUUCUGAGUCUGUGAGAAAGGAAAGCUAGCAUGUGUUAAAGGGUAGUAAACAACAGUUACACUUCCAUAUAAUCAGAAUUGGAAGGUACCUUCCUUUGGAAAUAUUGCUGGGUCUGUUUUCCUAUAAACCUUCAAACUGUCACAUUUGGGGAAGCGCUGGCCAGUGGGAAAUUAUUUGUAAAAAGGGGCAGUAAAAUACUUGAUGAGCAUCUAUUGUGUACCAGGUGCUAAUUCAUGAUAAAAAAUAAGAUAUAGGGCUACUCUCAGGGAGCCUUAUUGGAGAUAUGAGAUGAACAUUUAUAAAAAAGUCAAUGUGAGAACUAAAAAGAAGUAAACUGCUUAGUAAGCAA